AUGGAGAAACUUUCAAAGUCCGACAACGAAAUCACCGACACCCGUAUGGAAGCCAACCUGGAUCCUCUGAGAACUGCUAGCCUCGGAAAGUGUGAUAAGAAGGAGAUGUGUGAUAAGGAAUGUGGACAAUUCAAGGAUAUCAAGGAUACAGUAACCGGGGAGAGGGACGCGUGUCCAGAUGGAUUUGGUUCGUGUCCAAGAAAAGGGAUGGCUUAUAAUGCUGGUGAUGAGGAGGAUUUGAAGAAGAGAAGAGAGUCGGAUGUGAGAAGUAAGGAGAUGUAA